UUUGAGGUGCCAGUGGAUGAGCCACUUCCUCCCCUCCCCUGGCCCAGCAUGGAAGAGACUGGAGGAAUCAGGGGGUACAGCCAGCAACAUGCCUGUGCUGGCUAGAGGGGAACAAGAUGGAUUUCAUUACCAUGGUACAGUAAAAGAGGAGAUAUAGAGUGAAAGAGGCAUGUUCCUGGUAGAGUUUGCCAAACCACCUGUGUCACGUGGAAGGCAUCCAGUGUGUGUGCAAAAACCAGCAAAGAAUGACAUCCUGGAAUAUGUGGAUGGGAUGAAGCACUCCUUCCUCCCCGGAGACAGAGUCUUGGCAACUUGAGAGCCAGAUAAGGCCAGGUGUGGCCCAGAAACUCUUCUCAGAGGCAUUGAGACAAGAGAUCCCUUACAAGCCUCAGAAGAUGAAGAAAUUAUGGGCCGGUUCUGGAAUGACAAGCAAGUGAAACUCCCCUGUGGUGUGGCUCUCUGGAUCCCUCCUAGCCUGUGGGAGAGGAUUGUGGAGACAAUCCACAUGCCCUUCACCAGCAGGGUGAAGCCCAGACCAAGCCAGGACACUAGCUCUUGUAUUUUUCCCUGCAGUCCCAAGCCAGCCCUGAUUCCUCUUUGUGCUGUAUGUAGCCUUGCCAAGCACUGCUUGCUCUGCUCUCUCUGCUGUCCACAUUUCCACCACCUCUUAGCUGGUGGUAUCUGCUGUUCAUCAGCCUGGGUAAAGUGCAUCUGCUGCUGCCAUCCCUUUGCUGCUGCCUGGUGGCCUCUUCCCUCCAGGUCUUUGGUCUUUCAGGACAAAGUUGAAGAGGCAAAGUCCAGCAGUGAGCCCUCUCCACACCUUCUAGAACCGAGAGGCACAAAACAGGGAGAAGCUGCAGCUGUGGCAACAUCUUCUCCCUCUUCUGAUUCAGAGUGGAACCUGAAGCCAUCCCUCACUAAGAGUACUGUGGAGGACAGCGCUGUUAACACAGGCUCCAGCUGUCUUGAAAAGCCCAAGCUAAAAAAUUCUGCCAGACCUGAGGGGAAAUACUGGAAAAGAAGCCACCACAAGCCUCAUUCCAGUGAUUCAGGACCUGGAAGUUAUAACAGAAAGUGCACAGAGGGCCAGCUGGAAUCCAAAGCCAUCUCCACUGGGGACAUGUCCAGUGUGGCCCCAAUUCAGCAGAGUGCAAUGUUUGAAACCAUCGAGCAGACUCCCAGAGGGCAACUCACACUGAAAGAAAUCCUAAGAGACCAAGAUUUCAAGCCAUCAUUGAGGGAAGAAGGCUCUGCAGUAUCAGAAAAACAGGGAUAUAGAGCAGCAUCAGAUGAUAAAUGUGAAGUGACUUGUGUUGGAGAUGAGGAACCUGAUAUUACAGACCCUGUCAGAGCUCACUUGCAACAAAGCAGAGAGAGACACAAUCAACCAGAAUUCAGUACAUGUACAAGUGAUCAAGUUCAGGGGCUGAAAUUUCAGAAAUGACUGAAGCAGUACUGCCUUGGCUGAUGCAUAAAUGAGAAGUCAUCCACUGCUUGUUCCAACUUUAAUACUCUUAACAGGGCACAAGAUAGACCCACAGAAUAAUUUAGGUUGGAAAACACCCUUGGGAUCAUAGAAUCCAACUGUUAAACUUAGCGCUGCCAAGUCACUGAUAAGGAUGAGUCUCACUGCAUUUUGUUUCAUCUUGUGUAAAGCUCUAUUCUGCCCCAGUUGUUUUAGGAUUAACUGGUUACUGUGUAUGUAGUGCUGUGAAAUUAUAAAGGAGUUGCUAAAGAGCAAAUCACUUGGUGUGCUGAAGUACUGUUUUCUCUAAUUUAAUUGCAGAGUUGAGCUCUGUAUUAGCCCCGCAGGCAGUGAGCUCCCUGCUGUGUUAGGAUAACAGAUCCUGAAGGGCACGAACUGCAAUGGAAUUCUCAGAGACUCUAGCCGGGCUGCAGGGCUGUGCUCACAAGGAUGGGCUGGCAGAGGUUGGCUCCCAGUCUGCCCUCCCAGCAGAGCAAUGACACCUGCCAGCCAGAGCCAGCACGAGGACAGUGAGCUGUGCAUCCGUACACCGAACCUCUCAGUUUCUACUCGUCACAAAGAAAGAACUGAGCUCACGCUCCUUACCCAGCAGCAACAUCCCAAAUCCAGUUUGACCUGGUUUUGUCUGGGACAGAGCAAGUUUUUCUCCUAGUAGUUGGCACAGUGCUGUGUUUUGGAUUUAGUUCAAGCAUAGCGUCAAUAACAAAUAAUGUUUUGGUUAUCGUCGAGUAGUGCUCACCCUAAGUCAAGGACUUUUCUCAUGGUCUGCCAGUGGAGAGGUGCACAAAAAGCUGGGAGGGAGCAGGGCUGUGACAGCUGACCCAAACUAGCCAAAAGGAAAUUCCAUACCAUAGAAUGUAUAUAAACAGUUGAGGGGCUGACUGCUGUUUGGGGAUUGGUCAGUGAGUGGUGAGCAACUGUAUUGUGCAUUACUUGUUCUUCUUGGGUUUUAUUUCUCUCCCCUCUUGUCAUCACAAUUAUUACUGUUACUAUCAUUGGUGUUAUCAUAUUUUACUUUGUUUCAAUUAAUAAA